CGUCCCUUCCAAAGUCUCUGAACUCGCCCCAACACUUGCGUAAUAAUCAUCAUCUGGAAUCAGAGAUCCCAAAAAGCGACAUGAACAAACAGGCUGUGGAGAUGUGCGUGUGCGUGCGCUUUUCAUAACCAAUCGAUGUUGCAUGUGUGCAGCUCUCAGCAUGUAAAUGAAUGACGUUGGCAGGAUGAGCACGAGCGCUCUGACAGCGUUCAACAGUAAGUUUCCGCUGCGGGUCAGACGCGAGCUCAACUGGACAGACUGAUGCAAACGGAAGCUGUGCGAGUUUAACGGGAGGAUAUACUCGGUGUGACAACGUCCCUGGCGCUUCACGAACAGAGAAUGACAGAUAUAAUGAAUAACCCAGAGCACAGUCGGGAAGACUUCACUGUGAGUGACAGCGGAGAGCAAGGUGUUUCCUUUCAGAUUUUCCCAGACACACAGGAGCGCCCCAAGGUGUUCAAGCGCCUGCCCUCCAUCGUAGUGGAGCCCACAGAGGGAGAGGUGGAGAGCGGAGAGUUACGCUGGCCCCCAGAAGACCCUUCCAGCCAAACACACACACCCAUGUCCGCUUCACAAACCCAGAUUUCACACAGCCAGAGCACAGAUGAAGUCAAGUGCAGCAGCCUGGAAACAUCAGGGGCAGCUGAGCGCGACUGAAAUUUAAUAAAUAGGCUAUCACAAGUCUGCCGUUAUCACAACUCUCGGUUCUCACACAAAUUUUCACACUUAGAAGACUCAAAUACUGACAAGCAACGCAAGCAGCCAAUCCGGCAGGCAUGUGUGAACAAGAUCGGUACUCACAAUGCUAUAUCUGAGCACCCUUUAUAACACUGUCAUGGCUCUAAAAAGACUUUUGAAAGUCUUUUGUACUUUUUAAGAUCAAACUCAUGACACAUUUCAUCUGUGGAAAGUGGCUUUAACAAUCUUACACUGCCUUCAUACUUAAAGGCACAGUAAAAAUGUAUACGUAUACGAAUUUGGAUGUCACAUCAAAAAUGGAUUGUAUGAGCACAAUUUCAGCCGAAAAUAUGAAUGUACAGAGUAUUAUUCUAGUAUAAAAACAAUGGAUCUCAAGUAAGCAAUGUGCAGUCAGUUAGCCAGUAUUGCUCUGUUAUUUAGCUUUAUUGACCAGCUGAUUGUAUUACUUCACUUAAUACGCUUUCACGUAUCAUUUAAAAUAGAUGUGAAAUAUUAAAUUCAUGUGUGAGAUAUAAAAAUCACAAAGUGAUACAGAUUUAAACAAGCACAGAAACGUGGGAAACCGAUUGCCAGGUCCGCUGUUUAACGGUACUCAUAAAUAUUUGACCACAGAAAGUUAAAUUGCAGCUUUCUCUGGUCAAAUAUUUAUGUAUAUUUACUGUUUAUGUCUAUUGGACGAUCAGAAUGAAGUAUUCCAGAGAGCCAUGUAAUGAGCACAACACGCUCAAUGGUUUGGGGUGCUUUGAUGAUCCGUGUCAAAUCUAGAGAGAGAUGUAUUGAUUUGUUAUCAUGCCCUCCACUUUGAUGUAUCCCCGAAGCCUUCGAAUGCAUAUUCUAAAAAGAUUGCAGUGACCACUGUGAGUCUCUCACUCAUGUGAAAAUUAUUCAUUACACGCUCGGCGGCUGAAAACUUUAUGCGAGGAGACUCCAUCCUCUCUCCGCACCAUCUGGCUGAGGCUUGUGAGGAACGACUGCUACUGAACUUCAAACAUGUCUGCCUGUCGAUCAGCCCGAGGACAAGGACUUCCUCAUAUCUCCGAGCCCUGUCUGACUUUCCGCAGACUUGAAAUUAUUAGAGGCGCUUGUGCACAUACACAAUAUUUUCAAAGCUCGACUGGAGCAGGAGUCCCGCACCGGACUACAGAGAGAGAAUGCCUGUUAGACGGCUUAAUUCAACUUCUGGCUAUAAUUAGUUGCGUCUGCUAAGACAAGCAUCGUGUGCUAUCGCUAUUUUCUUUCUUGGGGCUAGGAACUUAAACAGAGACCUAUCCUUGAGUAUUAUAGAACUUAUUCUCAACCGUUUGUACAACUGGCACGAAUGAUACACCAAAUCAAGCUGGGAAAUUUUGGGAAAGGCCGAGUCUGAUAUUGUAUCUGCAAGUAUUGCACAUAUAGGCAUAAGACACUUCAAUUUUCCAUGUACAUUUUUACAGAAUAUUUACAUAGUAUCUACUUUAACGGUAAUAGAUUAGAUGUUGUAGUAAUAUUGAUGUGAUUCUCGAACCACUUCUCAACAUACAUAGCCCUCCUGAUAAUUUCUUCAUUUUUAUGUAGUGAAAAUGCCUUGUUGUGUAUCUAUGUUGUUUAUAGUCUAUAUUUUGAAAUGGCCAGAAUUGACUACUGUAAUAUUUUCAUAAUCCCUCAACUUAAGGCUUGUGUUUGCCAUAAAAACACUUCCCAACACUAUCAUAUAAGGUGUCUCCGUCAGGAUUUUUUUUAUUGGCAUGCGUUAACAGUUUUGACUUUUAGCACUUUUUCAAGGAUAACUAUAAAUUACAUAUUUAACCAGCAGACACAUAUUCUAGAAAACCAGAUCAGAUUGAUUUUAUUUUGUUCUAUUACUAUUUCUAUUUAAGAUUUGCCUUCAUUGCACCAUCAAACCUGUUGUAAAAAUGAAGUGAUAUUUUAAUAUUACACUUGCUCUUAAUAUGUACACAUUUUUGUUUGUUCAUUCGUUUGGUAAUUUUAAAUAAAAAUUAAUGUUAGAUAA